CUUUCUCUGGCUGGGAUGAAGGACUCCGAGCAGGAACUUAUUGUCAUCUUCCUCCCUGAGCGAGCACCGAGUGAGUCCCAGGUCCCCCAUCCUUCCUUGGAACAUCAAGGACAUACUAGGUGCCAGUCCUGAGCAGCCAUGACGAUGGAGACUCUUCCUAAGGCCCUGGAGGUGGAUGAGAAGUCUCCAGAAUCCAAGGAUCUGCUGCCCAGCCAGACCGCCAGCUCCCUGUGCAUCAGCUCCAGAAGCGAGUCUGUCUGGACCACCACUCCCAGGAGUAACUGGGAAAUCUACCACAAGCCCAUCAUCAUCAUGUCGGUGGGCAGUGCCACCCUGCUCUUUGGAGUGGCCAUCACCUGCUUGGCCUAUGUCUUGAAGCUGGAUGAUAAGACCAUUAUGGUCCUCAAGAUGAUAGGGCCUGCCUUCCUGUCCUUGGGACUCAUGACGCUGGUGUGCGGGCUGGUGUGGGUCCCCAUCAUCAAAAAGAAACAGAAGCAGAGACAGAAGUCAAGUUUCUUCCAAAGCCUCAAGUUCUUCCUCCUGAAUCGCUGAUGGUGGCUUGACCUAGAGGAGAUCCCAUGACCACACUCAACACCCCCAUUUCCUCCAUGGGAAGCCAGAACACUGAUGGAGGCAAACCCUGUUCUUGGCCCCAUGGAAAGACAGUACAGGGCUCCACCCUUGCGCAGCCUGGGAGCACUGCUAGCUGUCUCCAUUAUCGUUGAUGCUUCUUUCAGAUCCUUUCUUUGCUCUCCUGCCCUUCUCUGGCAUCCAGGCAUAGUCAUCAGACUUUCUCUGCCAAGGGCAGUGCAUGCUGGGAAAUUCCUUGGGGGUGGGCUAUGCCCCAAGGAGAAACUUAUGUUUACAUAUCUGAGUGCCUGAGAUAGAUUCCACAUUUGCACCUUUCUGGAACCAAAACCAAACAAAAGAAGUCCUUUACAGAGGAGGGAAGACUGAAUUUUGGUCUACUGGGCCUAAGAGCUCCAACUCCCUUUAGCAGAGGAGACACAAAUUUGUGUUUCAAGAGACCAAACAAGUCACAAGUAUCAAACAUUCCAAAAACUGAACAAUGGAAGGGGGUUGGGGAAAUACAUUGUCGAAGAAGGCACAUCCCUCUGGAAAUGGCUCUGAGAGUUAGCCAGCUGAGGACAUUUCAUUCUUGAUAAUAGAGCAUUUACACCGCAGACAAUGGGCUAGGCUAGAAGUGUCAAAGUUCCCCUUGACUUACUCACUCCCUGCUUUCACCUUGACAGUUAGCCAAGGACAAAUACAUGUUGUCCCAA